GAAAUAAAAAAAGGAACAAAUUAUAAUUUGAAACAUAUUUACUGAAUAUUGGUAUUAAAUAAAUACAAAAAAAACAAGAACAUGUAUGGCCUGCUAUUGGAAAAUCUAUCGGAGUAUAUUAAAUCUGUGUACGGUGAGGAGAAAUGGGAGGAUAUACGAAGACAGGCUGGGGUUGAUUCACCCUCGUUUAGUGUCCAUCAAGUGUAUCCGGAGAAUUUAUUAAAUAAAUUGGCAAAAAAGGCACAACAGGUCCUAGGAGUCUCCGAACGUGAGUUCAUGGAUCAAAUGGGUGUUUACUUUGUCGGCUUUGUUGGCCAGUACGGCUACGAUCGUGUUCUCUCCGUACUCGGUCGUCAUAUGCGUGAUUUUCUCAAUGGCCUGGAUAAUUUACACGAGUAUCUUAAAUUCUCCUAUCCCCGCAUGCGUGCCCCCUCCUUUAUAUGUGAGAAUGAAACCAAACAAGGUCUCACCCUGCACUAUCGUUCAAAGCGACGCGGUUUUGUCUACUACACCAUGGGACAGAUACGUGAAGUGGCGCGUUAUUUCUAUCACAAGGAAAUGCAUAUUGAGCUGGUGCGCGAGGAGAUACUGUUCGAUACGGUGCAUGUAACGUUUCAGUUGACAUUCGAUAAUCGAGCCUUUACGUUGGCCUCGUUGGCCAUGACACGCGAGGAGAAACAUUUGCCAAUUAGUGCACAUGUGUUAUUUGAGAUUUUUCCAUUUUGUAUUGUGUUUGGUGCUGACAUGGUUGUUCGUAGCAUUGGAAAUUCUUUAAUGGUCAUAUUGCCUGAGUUAUUGGGUAAAAAAAUCACAGCAUGGUUCGAUUUAGUUCGUCCUUUAAUUGCCUUUAAAUUUCAAACGAUUUUGAACAGAACGAAUAAUAUAUUUGAACUGGUAACGGUGGAUCCUGUGACCGAACGGGAGGAUGAGCAGAAAUCAAAUGAGAUGAUGGUGCACGAUGACGGUUCAGAGUCGGAGAAAUCAUUACGGUUGAAAGGUCAAAUGGUUUAUAUGGAAAAUUGGAGAAUGAUUAUGUUCCUGGGCACUCCAGUUAUGCCGGAUUUGAAUUCGCUCGUAACGACGGGUCUUUACAUUAACGAUUUGUCCAUGCAUGAUUUCAGCAGAGAUCUUAUGCUGGCGGGUACCCAACAGUCUGUGGAGUUGAAAUUGGCCUUAGAUCAGGAACAGCAAAAAUCAAAGAAGUUAGAGGAAUCUAUGAGAAAAUUGGAUGAGGAGAUGCGCAGAACUGAUGAGUUACUGUAUCAGAUGAUACCGAAACAAGUGGCGGAUCGUUUGAGAAGGGGAGAGAAUCCCAUAGAUACGUGUGAGAUUUUCGACUGUGUUUCAAUUUUAUUUUCGGAUGUUGUCACCUUCACUGAAAUCUGCAGUCGCAUCACACCCAUGGAAGUUGUCUCCAUGCUAAAUGCCAUGUAUUCCAUUUUCGAUACUCUGACCGAACGUAAUUCCGUCUAUAAAGUCGAAACUAUUGGCGAUGCUUACAUGGUUGUGGCUGGAGCUCCCGAAAAAGAUCCAAAUCAUGCUGAGAAAGUAUGUGAUAUGGCCUUGGAUAUGGUUGAUGCCAUAACCGAUUUAAAAGAUCCCUCAACGGGUCAACAUUUACGCAUACGCGUGGGUGUACAUUCCGGUGCUGUGGUGGCUGGUAUUGUGGGUCUUAAAAUGCCACGCUAUUGUUUAUUUGGCGACUCGGUCAAUACAGCUUCUCGCAUGGAGUCGACGAGUAUAGCCAUGAAAGUGCAUGUCUCAGAGUCAACAAAAGAAUUUCUAGGACCUAAUUAUAGACUUACGGAACGUGGAGAAAUCGAUGUUAAGGGUAAGGGGACCAUGAAAACCUAUUGGCUGGAGGAAAGAGAACAUCGCAAACCCUUGCAAUUGUCGAUGGCUCAAGUGCAUCCGAUAUCAACGUUUCCGUCGGUAACAUCAUCAGCUACCACGGCCUUGAUAGGGGCCACAAAAGCGGUACCGAAAGCCAUAAUGCCGGCUCCCAGUCCGGUAGUGGCCAGGGAAAAACCACCAGCCUCAACGGCCAUACCGGUGAAAAAUUCUUCAGAGCCCAAAGUCGAUAAUUCCAUGAAUCCUUCUUCUCUCACAGAAGAUCGCACUCGCAUUUACUCACCUGUCACUUUCAAAGAUGUAGCCCGCCGCAGUGUAGCCAACUCCCCCGUACGUUCGCUUUACGGGGGCAGUAGUAUAUCACAAGAAAAAGGCCGAGAAUCCAGAUCAAAUUCCACGGGUCAUGUAUUCAUGCGUUCGCCCAGCGAUGUCUUCGGUUCGCUCAUCUUAGACACCGAAGAGUUCUUGGAAGAUUUACAGAUAUCCCGCAGUUCUUUGGCCAACAACUCACAGUGUCCCUGCAGUCCCAUACCACCGUUUCGUAUUGGCAGUGCACCGUCCAAACCACGACCCAGCAAUCCGGAUCAAUUUACACCCGAGGAAUUGGCCGCCAUGGAUCAGAGCACUCCACCCUCAACGGCACCAGCUCGUGACAAUUACAAUAUGAAGCCCUCAUCGUCGACUACAAGUUUAACGGUGGAGAAGGUGCAGAAAACCAGGAUUACAAAUGUCACAACACCGCAGGAAAAAGUGGAGAAAACUCGAGCAACAAUCAUCUCAAAGGUCCCAGUCCUUGCAGCGCCCUCCUCGAAACAGAAACUACAGCAACAAAAACAACUACAACUACAACAGCAACAGCAACAUCAGAAGCAACUGCAACAGCAAUGUCAAAAAAAUCAAGCAUUUACCGAAAGUCGCUCGACAUCCAAAGAAUCAAUAUCGAUGAACUCACCACCGCCCAUACGCUCACUCUCCGCACCCCUACCCAUGUCUAAAGCGGCGCGUAAAGCAUUUCUGGCGGCCAAACAAACCAAAGCCAUCGAGAAGUUAGACAAAAUGAUCGAAGAGGUGACGGAGAGCGAACAUCAUCAAAUGAAGACAUCACAUUCCAUGAGAAUACACGAUGUUUUCGGUGAUCGGGUACAGGGCCAGGGACAUGGUGAAGAUGACAUGGAUAUGGAGGGAGGAUGUCCAUUAUUUUUACCACCACCACCACGUCAUAUGUCUAAUUCAAUAUCAGAUUCCAAUAUAUGCAAUCAUGGACACAGUCACGGUCAUGCGCCCACUAUGCACCAUGCCCCCUGUCAUCAUGUGCAUGAACCCUCCUCCUCUAGCAAAAUCAGCACAAGUCAAAGUUUCAGUCAUGCCCGCCACACGGCCGCCAUACAUCCCUGCUGUUCGGGCUAUACACCGCACUCCUCGAAUGGCCGACACUCACAUCGUAUGCACUCGAAUGCCUGCGAAAUACUUUAGACUCUUGUCUGGGACUUGUGUAUAGUUUCCUUGGGGAACUACUCUAUUAAACAAAAGCAAUGGUUUUCAAAAGUGGCUUUAACUAUCAAGUAUGAGGGAUUUGUGAUUUAAAAAAAAAUGGACAAAUGGAUAUUAUUUGAAUACUCCUCGUAUUGUUUAAACUAAACAAAAAAUGAACGCUUUAAGUAUUUUGUAUGUGUAAUUUAUAGUAAGUAUU